ACCUUCCUUGAUUUGCUGCGAGUGAACAAUGCCAACGAUGAGUCUCAUUUUCGAUUUGAUUGCGCACUAACCAGAUAUAGGUAUCAUUGUCGCAAAAACGUUCAAAACUUUCGGGGGCCAUGGGCUCAAACUCCUCCAUCUGUACGCCAGUACUAUAGGGUUCGGGACAGAGCCCUGGAACUUCUCGAGAUUCGGCCAUUUUAAGCCUUAAAGAUGGCCGCUAUUUUUAUUCAAAUCACGAGUCUAUGCCUUACGCAACACAUUACCUCAAUCAGUAAUGCACAAGUAUUUUGAGGGGUACUUGGAAAUAAUCAAACUCAAACGUAAAUCAUAGAAUAAAUAUCAGAAGAGUAGGUCUGAGGCAGAUUGGAAUGCAAAAUCAUCUUUCGAAAACCAAAUUGCAGAGGAGGUGAAAGAUAAUGCUAAAUGUUUCUGGAAAUAUGUCAAGAGCAAGUCCAAGUGUAAAGCUACUUUUCCUGACCUAGUAAAUCAAGAUGGUUCCCUAGCCAGGUCCGACGAAGAGAAGACAACUACCUUCAAUUCCUUCUUCGGUAGUGUUUUUACUGAAGAAGAUCUGACUUCUAUACCAAAUAUUCAGAAGAAGACUCGGACAGAGCUGACAAAGAUUGAAUUCAGGGAACAAGACAUAGAAGAGAUACUGUCCAAACUGGACAUUAAUAAGUCUCCUGGUCCAGAUGGAAUCAACUCUAGAGUAUUAAGAGAAAUAUAUAAUGAGAUAAGUACACCACUCAAGAUAAUCUUUACGAAGCUGAUGGAGGAGGGUACUGUUCCUGAGUCAUGGAGUCAAGUUAUUGUAAUUCCUCUGUACAAGAAAGCAAAAAAAGAGUGAUCCAUCCAAUUAUAGACCCGUUAGUCUAACAUCAAUAACUUGUAAAGUCAUGGAAAAGAUUGUACGGGAAAGUUCUCUUGCAACAUUUAGAGGGAGAGGAUCUUCUCUGUGACAACCAACAUGGAUUCUGCAGUGGCAGAUCCUGUACGACACAGUUGCUGGAAGUACUCGAGGAUUGGACCAGGGACAUCGAUGACGGUCACUCAAUUGAUUGUAUAUACUUAGACUAUCAAAAGGCUUUCGAUAGUGUCCCCCACCAGCGUCUGAUCUCCAAAUUGAAAGCAUACGGUAUUGGUGGCCAACUGUUAAACUGGAUUGAAGCCUAUCUAUCUGGUAGAUCUCAGAAAGUAUCUGUAAAUGGAAAACUUUCCACUUCGCUUCCGGUUACUAGCGGAAUUCCGCAAGGUAGUGUCCUCGGACCCACUUUAUUCAUAUGUUUCAUAAAUGAUCUACCUGAAUCUGUCAAGUCCAAUAUGUUAUUUGCUGAUGACACAAAGAUGUAUAGAAUAGUGGACUCACAGAGUGAUGCAAAUGAUCUUCAAGAUGACGUAAAUGCCGUGAGGGAAUGGGCGAAAGCAUGGCAACUUAAGUUCAACAACUCAAAAUGCAAGGUUGUACAUUAUGGUUGUAGGAAUAAAAACUUUCAAUAUCAGAUGCCAACCGAAGAGGGAAUAUGUGAAGUCAAACCAGAAGAUAGAGAGAGAGAUUUAGGAGUCGUGUUCGACAAAUCCCUCUCCUUCAGUGAACAUGUUGCUGAUAUUACAAAAAGAGCCGAUACCAAGCUUGGCAUAAUUAAGAGAUCCUUCACGGCUCUAAAUGAGAAGGGCUGGCUCAAACUCUACAAAGCUAUUGUACGUCCUACCCUAGAAUAUUGUAAUCCUGCUUGGGCUCCAGUCUUAAAAAAAGAUGAAGAUCAACUAGAAAAGAUACAGCAACGAGCGACGAGACUACUUCCCAACAUUCCCGUCAUUUAGAUUACCCUGAAAGGUUGAGAAUUUUGGGACUCCCUACUCUUUCAUACAGAAGGCAAAGAGCAGAAUUCAUUCAAAUCUUCAAAAUCACAAGAGGUAUUGAUCGGAUAGAUCUGAGUAGCCUGUUCCAUCUUGAUGAUAAUAAAAGGACCAGAGGUCAUAGUAUGAAAUUCAGGAAAUACAGAUGUAGAUUACAGACACGGCAAUAUGCUUUUACAGUUAGAAGCAUUAAUAACUGGAAUGCUUUGCCUGAAGUAGCAGUAUCUGCUACUAGUGUAAAUGCAUUUAAAUCUGCAAUCGAGAGGCACUGGAAAUCCCAUCCAUUAAAAUAUUCACCAAACCAGAGACAACCCUACGUGACGAGGGACAAAUAAGCUUUAUAGCUUUAUGUCUCUACAUCCAAGUAAAUCCAAUAUGCACUGUACCUGCUCCGCAAGAUGGCUAUUUGCUGUUCUCGCCUUUGUUGGUAUCUCUACUGUGCACGUCCUGCGACUCAACCUCAGUGUCGUCAUGGUAACGAUAGCAAAGACCAAUCACAGUGCACAUUUGCAGUCACAUGACAUUAACGCAUCGACGCAGACAUGCUCUCGCGCAGAAGUGAAAGGAAUGUAUAGUUCAUCAAAGUCAGCUGAUUUGAACCAAACCGAAUUUGAAUGGAGCAGUAACACACAAGGCCUUCUUCUUGCCUCUUUCUACAUUGGUUAUGCUGUCAUGAAUGGACCGGUUGGGUGGCUCGCUGACAGUUUUGGCGGGAAAUGGCUUUUUGCAGGCGGUGUGACUAUCUCUGCUAUUAUGAAUAUCGCUGCACCAAUAAUCAUACGGACCAGUCUACCGCUUUUCUUUGUGACCAGGGUUGUAUCUGGUAUGGCUGAGGCCGUCACUUUUCCAUCAUCGAACACAUUGACAACAAAAUGGGCUCCUGAGAAGGAGAAAACAAGGAUGACGUCAUUAAUAGUGGGAGGAUCUUCCUUUGGAUCUGCUGUUGGUCAGUUUUUCUCAGGAAUGGUCUGUUCCUUCGUCGGUUGGGAAGCUACCUUCUACAUAUUUGGUUGUUCUUGUUUAGUCUGGGUACUACUCUGGGCAUUGUUGGUAUAUGAAGAACCCGGGGACCAUCCGUUCAUAUCGGACGAAGAAAGAAAAAAGAUAGAGAAUAACCGGUCUCGUAGAUCUGUUUCCAAGGUAAAGGAGGCCACACCAUUUUGUUCUAUGAUGACGUCGAUGCCCGCGAUUGCUUGGUUUGUUACUAUGGUAACCAUAGCAGGAUUUGUUGUCUUCAUUCUACUCACUGAUCUUCCACUAUAUAUGAAACAUGUUCAAGGAUUGGAUGUCGCAGAGAUCGGAUUUCUACUACCCAUUCCAUUUGUUGCACACUGUGUUAUGAUGAUGGUAUUUUCUUCCUUAUCCGAUAUGCUGGUUAAACGAAAAUAUCUUGGAGUUACCCAGACCAGGAAACUUGUUGUAAAUAUAGGUGCCGUUAUAUCAUCGGGAUCCCUCCUAGCUGCAUCACACAUUGGAUGUAGCCACUUCGGUUCUGUCGCUUUGAUGACCACGGCGAUGGGUGGAGUCGGUAUCUCCUUUGCCGGAAUCUUCGUCAACGCCCAGGACUUGGCGCCAAGGUUCGCUGGCACACUGUUUGGCAUUGGGAAUGCUUUCUCUGUAAGCACGGGUUUCGUCGGACCCGUCAUUGUUGGGCUGAUGACAGAGGACCAGAGUGAUCCAGAAGGAUGGAGGACAGUCUUUUACCUAACGGCAGGACUUAGCCUUUUCGGUGCCAUCUUCUUCCAGUUGUUCGGUUCUGGCUUGGAGCAGGAAUGGGCCAAGGGCAAGACAAUUUACUCAUCUCUAGAACAACCAACUUCCGGACAACCAUCCAAAGAAACAUCAUUCCAGGGGAGCAUUGCAUGAAAGGACUUGUCGGACGUUUUAUCCGACAGCAUAUCAGUGCUUUUCAGCCAAUAAAAUUCAAGGAAAGUUGUCAGAUCUAGCAAGGACUUUAAAAGCAAAGUUUACUGCCUUCGUCCCAUCUUAGAUAAAGAUGUAUCAUUUCUGCAUGGUUUACGUACACCAAACGGUGUGAAAGGAUGAGAUCCAGACAGGAUCCCGAGUUUUUUUUAAAUCACGUACACGAAUUAUCACGCAUCAUUUUUUUUACUAGGAAGAAGACUAGUUCCACCUACAAAAUGCCUCGCUAAUUCUGCUCAUUACUCAGCAAUUACAACAUUUUUGUUUCCAAAUGGAACAAGGCCCUGUCACAUCGUUCCGUGCAAGCCUUGCGGGUGACUUUUUGCUAAACGCAGGUCGCCCGCAUUGAUAGUAUCUCGCACGCAGUUGCCCGCAGAAGAGCACGCAAGUCUGCUUUGCACGCAGGAAAGUUUUGAACAUGAUCAAAACUUUGUUGCGGGUGAGUUGCGGGCAAUCACCUGCAAGGCUUGCACGGAUAUGAAUGACAUCAUGAGACAUCAAAUCGCAAGGAUAUUUGUAUCAGUCGGUAGUAGUUAAAACUCUGUACACAAAAAGAUAAACAUUUCAUUCGAAAUAUGCAGUUGUCAUUCCAGUUGUUCUUCAAAACAUCCGGGAAACUGCAAACCCCAUUUCUAAUCGAACAAUGAUGCAUAUAAAGUUUAUUCCUACAAGUCUUAACAAGGAGUUUGGAAAUCAUGUAAGCAGUACACUAGGUAAAGGCAACUCCCGUUAUACUGUAGAUAAUUUUCCUGAAAAUGGGAAUGUAAACUCAUCUAUUCACGAUUUCUUGAGCUAAAGAAGAUAUUCUACAAAAUGAUUAUCAUAAUAGUGUAAGACAUUCUUUAUACUCCUUGGUUGGAUAUCUUUUUUUUUUAUAUGGAUAAAAUUAAUGUUACAGACACGAGAAUCUUAACCAACAUCAUCAUCUUCAUAUUUGAUGAUGAUGACGACACAAUUAUGAUCAUCAAAUAUUUUCUGAGCAUAAUGCAGAAAUUAAAAUGUUUAGUCUAGUGGCCCAUAGGGAAAACGCAAGGAAUGACAACCCUAGCUUGCAUCUGUACGGGCUGUGAAGGGGAACCCCUGUUUCAGUCCCAGGAACAAGUAGCUUCGGCCCCUGGCUGUAUUUGGUUUUGGUUGACUGCCCUUUUAUGAUGGCAACAUUGCAGACCCAAAGAACAAUCUAAAAAAAAAUUGAUAAUGGGUAGAAGUCUAGACAGUAUGUUUACAUCUGUGCAAUUACAUUUUUUGUGCUGCCUGUGAGUAAUUUGUUUAUCAAGCAAUAUUUACGUAUUAUGUAUAAUAUUUGUAUAUUGAUAUAGGCCUAAUCAGUUUGAUAUUGAAGGUGCUUCCUAAUCACGGUAUUACUCAAAAGACCAUUUGUAUAUAGUUCAUUUUCAACAGUGUGUGUUUUUUCAUACGUUUUCAUACAAGUAUUUAUAUUUGUAGAACAAUAAAAUGAAUUAUAAUAAAUGGUUAUAUUUCUU